AUGGUCGAUCCUCAUGCCAAAAAAAAAAUACAACCACCAGCCGUCCAUACCAGACGCCCCUCUGCCAGCCAGACAUACACCCACCUGCCGUCCUACAGGGACCCUCAGGACGCCCUUCCUCAGGAAGAGCACCCGACAGGCAUACCGGGUGCAGCCGACACACGCAGGCAUGCCUCCCUUGCGCCGUACAAGGCCGAGGAAAGAUGCCCAAAGGGCAUCCCGCCGCUGCCACAAGGACGGCCUGUCGGAUCAGCGUGA